UUUAUUGUUUGGUUUUCGAAAAGAAAAAGGCUAUAUUAAUGAGCUGGCAAAGUUGUUGCUGUGGCACGUUGACAGCUUACAGCUGAAGAGACAAAGCGAGAGCGAGAGGGGAGCGAGGAGGACGAGGAUAAAAAGAGGCCGACAGCGAAAACCGCAGCAACUACUGGACAGUCGACCACCACUGGAGACCACAACCAACCAGCAACCAACUCCCCAACCUCCCAGCACCACCAGUAGUAGUAGCAGUAGCAGAAACAGCCCAGCCCAGGAUCCAACCAAAAACCGAUUCCCAUCAUUGACAGCAUGGUCACGAACAUGUCGCAGCCGCAUUAUUGCGGCUCCAGCGUCGAUGAUUUUCACACAAACUAUAAGUAUUUCCAUGGAUACUUUUCACUAAUUGUCUGCAUACUGGGCACUCUUGCGAAUACAUUGAAUAUAAUUGUAUUAUCACGUCGUGAGAUGCGUUCACCAACCAAUGCCAUACUCACGGGUCUGGCUGUGGCCGAUUUGGCCGUUAUGCUGGAAUAUAUACCCUAUACGGUGCAUGAUUAUAUACUCAGUGCCCGAUUGCCGCGUGAGGAGCAAUUAAGCUAUAGUUGGGCCUGUUUCAUAAAAUUCCAUUCGAUAUUUGCCCAAGUUUUGCACACGAUAUCGAUAUGGCUGACAGUUACGCUGGCCGUAUGGCGUUAUAUAGCCGUUAGUUAUCCGCAAAGGAAUCGGAUAUGGUGUGGCAUGAGAACGACAAUUAUAACGAUUGCGACGGCAUAUGUUGUAUGCGUUUUGGUUGUAUCACCUUGGUUAUAUUUGGUAACAGCCAUAGCCAAGUUUCUAGAGACUCUGGAUGCCAAUGGCAAGACGAUCAAAUCGGUGCCAUUGAGUCAGUAUAUCAUUGACUAUCAACAGCAGGAGGAUGUAACUAUGCAAGUGAUGUCGAGCACAACGCCAGACUUAUCAUGGUCGGUGGUUAGUGGUGAAAAUAAUGCCACCAGUUUGUUAACUCUAACUACAGUUGUUCCUUUGAUAACGACAACCACGAAGACGACGAAGACAACGACUAGUUCAACAACAACAACAACUUUGGGCACUUCCUUGACAAUGGGGGAGCGUAAUGUCACUGUCUACAAGCUAUAUCACAGUGCUUUGGCCCUGCACGAUCGCCCAUUGAGAAAUGCCACGUUUCUCAUUUAUAGUGUAUUGAUUAAAUUGAUACCAUGUUUUGCCUUGACUGUACUUUCUGUACGCCUCAUCGGAGCCCUAUUGGAGGCAAAGAGACGCAGAAAAAUACUUGCGUGUCAUGCGGCCAAUGAUAUGCAACCAAUUGUCAAUGGUAAAGUGGCAAGUCAGCCAAAAAGUUGCAAAUUACUUGAAAAAGAGAAGCAAACGGAUCGCACAACGAGAAUGCUGCUGGCCGUGCUAUUGCUAUUCCUUAUCACGGAAUUUCCUCAAGGCAUUAUGGGUCUAUUGAAUGCUUUAUUAGGUGAUGGAUUUUUUGUGCAAUGCUAUUUGAAAUUGAGUGACCUAAUGGACAUCUUGGCACUUAUUAAUUCGAGUAUCAACUUUAUACUCUAUUGCUCGAUGAGUCGCCAGUUCCGUAGCACGUUCACGCUUCUCUUCCGGCCGCGUUGGUUCGACAAAUGGCUGCCACUAUCGCAGCAUGAUGGCGAUGCUAACGGCGGCCAUGGUACCGGCAGCAAUGGCGGUAUGGGUGGCUAUGGCAGGCAAAGGCUGGUCCAUACAGAUGCCGUUAGCAAGAGCAUGGCUAUCGAUUUGGGUCUGACGACGCAAGUGACAAAUGUGUAGCAGGAGAGAAGUCGUAGCAGGAGCAGUGUCAGGGGGGCAGCAGCUGCAGCUGGCUCUGCGGCUGGGUCUGGGGCAGUUUCAACCACAGUAACAAACAAUGCAACAGCACUGGCAACAUCAGCAGCAGCACCAGCAGCUGAAAUUGAAGUUGAUGGAUGUGUUCGAGCUUCUAACGACAUCAGUAUGGUUGAAAUGCUGCAGCACCAGCAGCACCCACUGACGCCUCCGUCGCCACGGGUCGGCGAAGGAGAAGGUGUUGCUGACAUGCCCAGUUUAAGUGUGGAUGUGGGUAUCUCUGUUAACAGAAGACCUCGCAGCCGUGGUAGUAGUAAAUGCAUUUGGCCAUCUACCGAUUGGUUACGCAAACUGCGACACCAAUCCAAAAAGAGCCAAGAUCAUAGAUCUGAAUUGGAUCAGCAACAUCAGCAACACCAACAGCAACAACAUGAUCAAUUGCAACAAUCUCAGCUAGCCAGACGCGGAAGUGUUUUAGUCAUGGUAUUGCUUAGCAGUUCCGAUGAGGUAAAAGCCAAAGCAGUGCUGGUCGGUGAGCAGCAACAGCAGCAACAACAGCAACAUCAGCAGCAGCAGCAGCAACAAAAACUUGAUAUAGAUGAUGAUGUGGACGAUGCCAUCGAUGCUCUUUGGCUGUGAAUGGGAACAACAAACUUUUUUGCCCAUUUGUCUGCACACUCCUCCUGUAAAUUUAUUAUUAAACACACUUCAUUAAGACCAAGUUAAAACUAAAAGAAAACGUAAAACAAAUUGCUUAUUUCUGCUUUCAAAAAUAAAAUAGGUAAUAAUAAACUUUUCAGGAACCCGCAUUGCAGUUGCAGUUACUUGAGCCCCUUCGUAAACUGCUGUUGCUUUGCUUUGGUUCUGGUGAAAGGGUAAACAUAUUUUCACUUGGAAGCAGAAUAACUCAUUUUGUAAAUUGAUUAAUUAUGUAUUUAAUAAAAUAAGUGAUACUUGACCUAGUUUCCUCUAAUUAAGUAAGUAAGUGCUAAGCGCAAAAUUCAAUAAAUAAGAAGAGAACAACAACAGCAACAAGGACAACAAAAACAUUUUUUCAACAUAAUAUUUAGUGGUAAUUAGUUUUAUCAAAUGUUUUAAGUU